CUCAAUUUGUAUCCGCAGGGCUCAGCUUCCUCUGGUAGUGCCUGACCCUCGAUCAGGCACCGAGAGGGGGCGCGAAGGACCUCACCGACGACCUCGCUGCUUGCCAAGGACAAGGUAUAAACACAGGCUUUCUUGGCUGCCGUUUCCCUCUCUUCCCCUCCCAUUACUCUCACUACCCUCCACCCCUUUCCAAAAACAGCCAUCUACGACCCACCUUACCACACUCGUUCAACUUCACAUACUCAACAUGAAGCUUUCUACCUUCACCCUCCUCGCCAUCAUCGGCGCUUCCACCGUUCUCGCCACCAGCGCCCCAUCCCAGCUUGACGGCCUCAAGGAGGACUGCGAGGAGGACAAGCCCAAGAGCCCCAAGCACCACGGCCACAAGAUCAAGCACAACACCUUCAACCCCGACUCUUCCCUCAACCCAGACAAUGAUGCCGAUGCUCCUGUCUUCCCUCCCAAGACCGGCUCGCCCAUCCCACCUGUCGACCACCUGCCCACCGACCACCCGGUGACUCCCACUGGCACUCAGACAACUCCCAAGGCUACUACCCCCAAGGCUACCACUGAGGCUGCUUGCAGCUCCUCGGUCGUCUCUCAGCUCAUUGGCAUUGACGUCCUCAACUGUGCCAAGAUCAACAUCUUGAGCCACAAGCGAGAUGUCUUGCCCCUUGUCGAGGGUCUGGACCCCGUCCUUGAGGACCUCAAGCGACGCAACGGCUUCGCUCCCGGAGGAAUCUGUGACAGCGCCGUCGCCUCAAAGCUCGUUGCCCUGGGCAUCCUCAACUGUGCCGAUGUCAACAUUCUCAACGCCUCUGACAAGGCCCUGGACAAGGAGACUUGCAGCUCCGAGGAAGUGAGCAUGCUCGCCUCUCUUGGUAUCCUCAACUGUGCCAACAUCAACAUCCUCUCUGGCAAGCGAGGUCACCAGGACAAGCGAGCUCACCAGGCCAUGAAGCGUGAGCAGGGACGCCGAGCUCUUGUUGAGCGAAUGCUCAACGUACGAGACUGUGCCUCGAAGACUUCGGCUCACCUCAUCUCUGCUGAUGUGCUGAACUGCGCCACGGCCAACAUCCUGAGCGACAGCGCUGCUGCUGACAAGAACUGCUCCACCUCGACCACUGCCGACUUGAUCUCCCUCUCGGCCGCCAACUGCCCCACCAUCAACGUCCUCUCUGAGGAUGAUGACGAGGACGAGGACGACGAGUAAGCUGUGACCAAUGAGACCACACAGGCGGUGCUGUCCCGUCCAUGAAGCGCGCCUGCCAAUAAGGGUUCCCUUGUCACCUUGUCUUGCUACCCCCUUCCAUCAAUGAUGCCCUACCUUUUACUUGCUUCCAUCUUCACCCGUUGCUCCGUCGAGGUCUUGCCG